AUGAAAGAAGAAGAAGCAGAUAGAAGUUGUGUCCAUCAAGGUAUCGUCAACAUCAUCGCCAACGACAACAAAAAAUCAUCUGUUACACGCUUAAAAUUACAUAAUUUUAAAAUUAGCAUAACAAUUAAGUUCUGUUCCAUUUCAGAUUCACAUUCAGUAUAUCUUCAAGAUCGUCAUCAUAAUGUGAAACAAAAGUUGAUGAAACAUUUAUUUACUUAUAUGUGGAAUGCAUUGCAAUUUGCAAAUAAAGAAACCUUGACAAAAGCACAUUCUAUUGUUUUCUGA